AUGCCUGGCCUGAACGAGCCUCAGCUGUCCCUUAUCAUCACUCCUCACCUGUCCGAUGUGGUGGUGAACCUGAGGGUCGCCAGCCUGUCGGAGGGCGUGGCCUUCCUCAGCUCCUCCUACAACUUCAGCCUCCCUGAGAACCAGCCGGCGGGGGGGGUGGUGGGGAGGGUCUCCGCCGCCUCAGGAAGUCCCAUUUACGACGUGAUUUACUCACUGCAGACACACACAGACCUGUUCUCUGUGGACGCCAGCGGAGCCAUCCUGAGCCGAACACAGCUGGACCGAGAGGAGCAGGACUGGUACAUCCUGGACGUGGAGGCAGUGGACACACGCUCCCCCCCUACGUCUGCCAUUGCAAUGGUCAGAGUGGAGGUGGAGGAUGUGAACGAGGCUCCACAGUUCUCCUCUGAGGUUUAUAAAGCCUCUGUGUUCAGCAUCGCCCCGUAUAAAACCCCCGUCAUCUACGUCAAGGACAGUGAGCACCACAAUGCGUGGCACGUGGUCAGGGGCCACGCCCUUCCUCCUAAUGGUUCGCUGAGGCUGGUCAGGGCCACAAGAGGUCCUGUAGGCGCUCGAGGUAAAGACAUUAUCCGUGAUUCUCUGAACUGGCAUGUCUCCUCAUCAGUGAUGAAGACUCCAUUGUCUUACUCCAUCAUCAUCAUCAUCAUCAUCAUCAUCAUCAUCAUCAUCAUGGUUUGUCAGUGUGUCUGUCAAGCUGUGUGA